AAGGAGAAAUGGCGCACAUGAAGGAGAAAUGGCGCACAUGAAGGAGAAAUGGCGCACAUGAAGGAGAAAUGGCGCACAUGAAGGGGCAAAAGGCGCACAGGAAGGGGAAAUGGCGCACAUGAAGGAGAAAUGGCGCACAUGAAGGGGCAAAAGGCGCACAUGAAGGGGGAAAAGGCGCACAGGAAGGGGAAAUGGCGCACAUGAAGGGGGAAAAGGCGCGCAGGAAGGGGAAAUGGCGCACAUGAAGGGGAAAAGGCGCACAGGGAGGGGAAAUGGCGCACAUGAAGCGGGAAAAGGCGCACAGGGAGGGGAAAUGGCGCCCAUGAAGGGGGAAAGGCGCAUAGCAACGGAACCAACCCAGGGUAGGACUCGCACGUGUGAAGGCAAGCCCGGUUCACUUGGGCAUGAGGCCAUUGACGCCCACACCUUUGCUGAAUGGGGAGUGGACUACCUGAAAUACGACAACUGCUACAACGAUGGAACCCCAAACAAGUUGCGCUACACAGUCAUGCGCAAUGCACUGGAGGCCACAGGGAGGGACAUCUUCUUCUCCAUGUGUGAAUGGGGACAGGAUGACCCUGCUCUGUGGGCGUAUGACGUGGCAGACUCCUGGCGGACCACCGUUGACAUUGGGGACACGUGGAGAGGGGAGAGGAAGAGGGAAGCGGAGCAAGAGGAUUGAAGCUAUUGGGGAAGGGGAGGGGAAGGAAGGGAUGCGAAGUCAUCUCCCUGCCUGUGUAUAUAUGCAACUUGUUUCGAGGCGUCUCAAAAUUGCGCGUGAUAGGAGUCUAGUUUUGAGGAGUCUCAAAAGUGCGUGAUAGGAGUCUAGUUUUGAGGCACCUCAAAACUAGGAAGGGAUGGGAAGUCAUCUCCCUUCCCGUGUAUAAGCAACUGAGGUCAUUUUUUAUUUGACUCAACGUAAAAACUCGCCUCGAGAGGAAGGGAGAGAUGAGAAGAAGUUUCCCUACUACCUAUGUCCAUGCGAUGUCAAUUCUUCCGAACUUCACCUCUUUAUCUACGUGCAUGUACCCUGCUCCCUCCCUGCAUGCAUGGCACAUGGCACAUGGCACACGGCAUAUGACUCAUGGCACGUGGCACGUGGCAUGUGGCACAUGGCACAUGGCACAUGGCGGCACAUGGCACAUGGCAUGUGGCACAUCCAGCAUGAUUCGGAUUGCAGACCUUAACAACAAGUGGGCCAAGUACGCCAAGCCAGGCGGGUGGAAUGGUGAGU